AGGAUAUAUCGCUAGGAAAUGUCCUGUGGCCACACGUGAAGGUGAAGCUCGAGAAAAUUUUAGUCUUCAGUGCGUGCUUCAACAAAUUGGCAAUGGCAAUGGCCCGGCGGCAAGACUACUUUAAUAAAUACACAAAUUUUCACAAAAAUCACAUCAAAUUGUUUGCUGUUUACAUGAAAACGGCAAAUCUAAUGCAAAACUUUAACGUACUCAAGCGUUCGCUUUAAGCAGCAGGAGGUGGAGGAGGACGGGCGCUGCCGUCGCCUGCACCCACCCACCAAUACCAAUUGACAGUAACAGUUAACGGGCGAAGUGUGUGCGUGUGCUAAAGUUUGUUAGUGUUAUUUCAAUUACAUCAAUUAUUAUGCGAUUGGCGUCGUGCGGGCAAUAAGUCAAACAAGUGUUUUAACCUCUUAACCGAAUG